GAAAGAAAGAUGGAUCGUAAUGAUGAGAGAAUAAAAAGAGCUUUAAGACGCCGCCCUUAUGUGUUGAAACCAGUGAGGGUGAACAGCCCUGAUUCCGUGUUGUGGCCAACCGGCAAGGUGCACAGAAGGCCAAAGCCUUCUACUUCAGUGCAGACCCCUCAGAUCCACAAAAGGCCUCCAAUCAUUGUGAGCUAUGGGCAGGACCAAACAUCUGGGGAUGGAUGGAGCGUCAAUCCAGAGCCUCUCAGCCAGUCUGGAAGGGUGACUCGGCUGAUAGAGAGAAAAAAUGAUGAUGUGAUCUCAUCCUCCAGUUCUGAUGACUUUUCCAUCUACUCCUUCACUGACUGUGAAUCGGAGUGUGAUGAUGAGGAUCAUGAAAGGAGGACACCACCUCUGAAAGUUGAGAAUGGAAAGGUGACAAAGCUUGACGUGAGGGAUAUGGACGAGGAUGAUGAUCUGUCUCUCCACUCCUUCGAUGAGUCAGACUUCCUGAGCCCAGGGAAGGUCUCAGGUCCUGUAUCUGUCAAGAAUGGCCUCUCUCCUCUUGUGACCUCAGCACACCGGACCCUGGCUGAAGCCCUACGGGCCCUGCCCUCUGCUGUAGGCUCUCCCUACCCAGUAAAUGUCCCAAGGCCUCUGACUCCUCUCAGCCCUGUCAUUAUCGCUCUGCCCCGAACAGAGAACUUCCCAUGCCGCCACAGCCCUCGCCUGGCUCCCAUCACCAACCUGAGCGAGACCGGCAGGAAGCUGCUCCAGGAAAUGGCUGGAGUGGCCCCACAGGAAGGGAAGGUCAAUAAGAAAAAGAAGGGCAAGGCCAAAAAAGUAGUAAAACAAGAGAAGGCCAGUAAGAUACAACAGAUGGGAAAUGUUGGAGAAAGUAAGGAGGAGGACAAGAAGAGUCUGAGGAAGAGUGACAGCACCGUCCCCAAGUCCAGGCUGAUUACCUGGGAGCCCUCGAAGGACUUUAUGAAGACCAGCCACGUGGUCAACACACCUGUACAGACCAUGCACAUCAUGGGGGACCUGGGACCACCAGGCAAGUGA